ACUUGCCACCUUCCUCUACACAGAAUGCGAUCGGCAGGUGACGAUGAAGUAGCUAUAGGAUUUCAUGUUCUCUUUUCUGGCACAUUACCAAUUUCUCGUAUUUAUAAUCUACAUUUCUGACACAACAUAAAAAUGUUUUUCCUCGGCGAAACUAUUUCGUCAAAUGCCGUACCACGCCGCGGAGCUGUCGCUCUUACCACGACAGCACACGGUUCUAUUGUCCCUGUUGAUGAAGAUAAAGAGGAAGAGGGACAAAAACGACCAACUGUGGACAAUGAAGAUGCGGACGAUGGGGGCGAAGACGGCCAAGCUGAUAAUCGGUUGGAAGAUCAAAUGAAUAACGAACAUCUAAAACUGUUACAAAAUAUAUUUGAAGAAGCUGACGAGGAUUCCGGAGGCGGCCUGGAUAUGGACGAAUUCCGGAAUGCCAUGAGGCGGACUAUGGGUGCAGGAGUUCCUGAUCAUGAGCUAGACAUGCUGUUCAUGAAAGUCGAUACAAAUUGUGAUGGCGGAGUAGACUGGGACGAGUAUUUGACAUACAUGCUGUUGGAAUACCAGGAACGAGAAAUGAUGGCACAGCUACUAAAGGAACGCCCACUCCCAUCAAACGUGCGUAAGAUCGAAACCAGGCACAGAGACCUGCUUCAAAAACUGUGUUUUCUUCCGUCGUCAAGAACGUCGAUUGAUCUGGCAGCAGGCCGAUAUGCAACUAUGAGCAAAGACGGCACAGUAAAUUUUUGGACGCUGGAACUUGCGCAUCGGGGUACCAGUCGUUUGGAGCCUUUCGACAAGGAACGUUCCCAAAGUUUAUGGAUCACCGAUAUGGUAUGCAUCAACAAUCACAAUAUGCUAGCUCUCAGCACAACAGAAAGUGACCUUUACUUCGUUGAUAUUGGAGCAGGAAAGUUCGACAAAGUCUUUAUGCUUGUGGGUCUUCCGCAGCCCCUGCUCUGCAUGGAUUACUGGUGUGACGCAGCGAAUUCCGACAAGGCGUAUCUGAUUCUCGGUGACGCUGGGGGUGGAGUGAUAGCGUUAAUUUUUACAGACAUUCCUGGUGCGGUUGGUCUGUUUGGCAUUCCAUCUAGCAAGGAUGGCAUGGUAAUGAAAAUUACCAUUGACGAUAUUUUCAAGAAAAAGCUGCCGUCUGUGGAGGCAAAGAGUUAUCGACCUCUUCACAAAGAAUGGGUGAAACAGGUGAAAUACGUUCCAGAGCUGGCCGGAUUCAUAUCCUGUGCUUUAUCGAACGAAGUUUCAAUGGCCAUCGUGGAGACUGCCGGCAACAAGGCCAACUACAUCUUCAGCACCCGGCGCGGCAUCACCUGCUUCGACUACGACAAUGUGCAGGGAGUCAUCGUCACCGGUGGAAUGGACUGUACGGUACGAGUGUGGAACACCUACAUGACGAACCGACCGUCAAUGCUCUUCAUCGGUCACAACGCACCCAUCUCGCACAUCCUGGCGCGUCCGGCCGACGAGCAGAUCAUCUCGCUCAGCAAGGACAAGUGCGUCAAGGUGUGGGACCUCCGCGAACAGGUGUGCGUGCAGACGGUGUCGCCGCAGCGGCUGCACGUCAACGUCUCGCUGCCCUUCUUCACGGCCAUGUUCUACAACCCCAAGAUCCAGCAGCUGGUGCUGGCCAGCCAGAUCAUGGUCGUGCUGCAGAAGAACAUGGUGGUGCAGGCCGGCGAGCGCGAGAUUCAGUCACACGAGCGUGUGGUGACGGCGGCGAUCUACAACCACCUCUUCAACAAAGUCGUCUCCGGCUGUCACGGCUCUGUCAUCACCGUCUGGGAGCUCACCACUGGUCAGAAGGUGAUGCAGUUCCGUAACGCACACACCACGCGCCGCAACGGCCAGAGUGUGCCCGUCGAGAUCACGUGCAUGACGUUCGACCCGACGCUGCGCCGCCUCAUCACCGGUGGCCGCGACGGCCGCGUCAAGAUCUGGAACUUCAACAACGGCGCGUGCCUGCGCCAGAUGGAGGCCGGUGGCGGCAGAGAGGUCACCGGCGUGCUCGUUGCCAAACAGCGCAUCGUCUGCUGUGGCUGGAACCGCGGAAUCACCGUCUUCCUCGACGAUCGCGAGGACACCAGCGUGCGCGAGUGGAUGAAGCGACACAAAGAGGAUAUACUCACAGUGGACUUCCGCAGCCCCAGUCUGGUGGCCACCGGCGCCUACGACGGCGAGAUAAUCGUCUGGAACCUGGAGACAGGUCACCUGUACAGCAGGCUCAGCGUCGAUAUGGUCAACGCCGGGCGCAGCAUGGUGCCUGAGGUGGAGGACAAGCAGCGGCUCGGCGCCAUGACCAAGUACAAGGAGAAGCAGAAGAACAUGGUACUCAACUUCACCAAGCGGGAGCUGAUGGGCACCGCCAGCAAAGUGGAGGAACGCUCGCAGACCGCAUCGCAGCCGGUAGAGGGCGAAGACAACGAGCCGACGUGGUUGCAUGAGUCCUCCAGCGACGAGGACAACGCCAAAGACACCGCCGAAAGCGCCGCCAGCGAGGCCGCUCCGGAGAGCAGCGACCGAAGCUUCGAGCGCGCCAUCCACAAACUCCUGUUCCUGCAAAGUCGCAUCAGUUCGGCAAGCACGGCCACCCUCCUGGCUUCGUGCGCCGACGGUACUGUCCAGGCGUGGUCGCUGCACCACGAGGGCGGCCUCCUGCACAAGUUCCGCGCCUGCAACUCCGUCGGUGACUACUGUCUGACAAUGGUGUCGGACUCGCGAAACCGAUACCUGGUCACUGGCGACACUGCGGGCUACGUGCGUGUCUGGCUCAUCGAGAACUACUGCACGGACCAUCCGGAGCCCGUCAACUGGGCCUUCUACAAGAAAAAGUUCCCGCUGCUGGGAAAGCACCUCAGCAUGAUGCGUCGCAUGCUGAAACUCGAUUGGCUCAAGGCGUCGUUCCGACCGCACAUCCUCAACUCAUUCCGGGCGCACGUGCGCACCGUCAUGUCUGUAGACUUCGUGGAGGCGCACGAGCUGUUGGUCACCGCCAGUGCCGACUGCAGCGUCCGGUUGUGGACACUCUGCGGGCGAUUUAUCGGAAUAUUCGGCCAGAAGAAGUUCUGGAAUCUGACAUUGCCGCUAAAGCUACGUGAAAUACCAAUCCGGAUUCCUCGCGACGUCCACCGCGUCGCCUCGAGCACCACGCUGAAGGUCAUGCACGGAGGGAAGCACCCCAAGUGGCACCUGGUGCAGAUGGGGAUUUUGCUAGCUGCCUCCGAACUGAUGCGAGGCCAGGCAGAACUCAAAGAGCGGUCUCGACGAAUGCGCGAGGCUCGCCUCCGCGCCAGCCAGGCGAUGGACGGCUCCACUCUCAACCUGGACGACAAGAUAGGCACACGAAGGCCAGCGCCGAUUCUUGGAGAAAACUAUGAGCGCAAGUCGCGUCACAAGCCGAUUCCGACGGUGCCCAAGCCGAAGAUCAUGCGUAACCAGGUGAUGGCGUUCACGCUGCUGCCGUUUGUGGACGUGGAGGAUGUCCCCGAGCCGGAGCCGCCGGCGAUCGUGCACGAGCUGACCAGCGGGAAGCAGGAGUCGGCGCAGCGCAGCGCGCGCAGCUCGGCACGAGGCCGCAGCGCCGGCAGCGGCGGACAGCGGCUCUCGAUAGCGCAGCCCAGGUAGUGAAAUGGAAUGAGUUGCCCAGUCGUGUCCCGGUCUCGUAUGUCGGCUAAUGUUAAAAAUUUGUGGUGGAUGAUUGUAAGUUGACGAGAAACAAUUCAGAUCUUGCAAAAUUGGCAUAUCACCGUUCAAAAUGCAUUCCCGAGGAACCGUCUAAACUAAAAUACACUCAAUAAAUAAAAUUUUCAUUACUUGUCACCUUAACAACA